CGAACAGUGAAGGGGGGCAUGUCUGUUGCUGGCGUUGCCUGGAGUCCGGUUCGUCCAGACCCGGUUCACUCCCUCGGUUAUUGCGAUAACCAAGCGGCUGAGUCGAUCUUGUUCUACCUUUCCGUUGCCGGUUCGGUGAUUCCGAUGCGGGUUUUGGAGUCGGAGUCGAUAGCCUCGGUCAAGCUCAGGAUCCAGACAAGCGAAGGGUUCGCGCUGAAGAACCAGAAGCUCGUUUGCGGCGGCAGGGAGUUGACUCGCAACGACUCGCUCCUUAAGGAUUACGGCGUAAAAGGUGGGAACGUCUUGCAUUUAGUUUUAAAGCUGUCCGAUCUUUUGCUUAUAACCGUACGGACAAGUUGCGGGAAAGAACUCGAAUUGCAUGUUAACAGGAAUAGAAAUAUUGGGUAUUUGAAACAAAGGAUAGCUAGGACAGGAAAGGGCCUUCUCGUGGCUGUCGGUAAACAAGAAAUAUUCUUCCAUGGGGGGAAAAUCGACGACCAGAAACUAAUAGAUGAUCUAUGUACAUAUAAUGAUGCUGUGAUUCAUUUGGUUGUUCAGAAAUCAGCCAAAGUUCAAGCUAAGCAUGUAGAGAACGAUUUGGAGCUCUUGGUUGUGGCCGAGUGUGAGUUAGAUGACAGUAGAAGUAGUGUAGAGGGAGAAGAAAAUCAACCCGAGGGGCAUCAGAUUGUGGAAAAUGAGCCAAUUGUUAGAGAUUUCUGGCUGGAACCUGUUUUUGUUAAACCCAGGGUAAAAUUGCCUUCUUUUAUGUGGGAUAUGAUUCACUCCACAUUUGAUGGUUUGGAGAUGGGGAACCAGUCGAUUCGAUCAUCAGAAGGGACCGGAGGGACUUAUUUCAUGCAAGAUAAAUUGGGGCUUGACUAUGUUUCAAUUUUUAAGCCUAUAGACGAGGAGCCGAUGGCUGUGAACAAUCCACAGGGGUUACCUCCGUCCACGAAUGGUGAAGGGCUGAAAAGGGGUACAAGGGUCGGAGAAGGAGCGGUGAGAGAAGUGGCUGCUUAUAUAUUGGACCACCCCAAGAAUGGACCUCGAUCUUCGUCGGGUGAUGAGAUGAUGGGGUUUGCUGGUGUGCCCCCUACCUGUAUGGUUCGAUGCUUGCACAAAGGAUUUAACCAUCCAGAUGGGUUUGAAUCUGCACCUGAGAAUGUUAAGGUUGGAUCAUUACAAAUGUUUAUGAACAACACUGGGAGCUGUGAGGACGUCGGUCCUGGAUGUUUCCCCGUGGAGGAAGUGCACAAGAUCAGCGUGUUCGACAUACGAACAGCAAAUGCUGAUAGACAUGCUGGGAAUAUCUUGAUUGGCAAAGGAGAAGAUGGCCAGACUGUGCUUAUUCCUAUCGAUCAUGGCUACUGCCUCCCUGAGAAUUUUGAGGAUUGCACAUUUGAUUGGGUUUACUGGCCACAAUCAAGGAAGCCCUACUCUCAAGACACCAUUAACUAUAUAAAGUCACUGGAUGCUGAGCAAGAUAUUGCACUUCUGAAAUAUUAUGGAUGGGAUGUUCCUGUUGAGUGUGCUCGCACGCUGCAGAUCUCCACUAUGCUAUUGAAACAAGGGGCUGAGCGAGGCCUCACGCCUUCUACCAUAGGAAGCAUCAUGUGCAGAGAAACCGUGAAUAAGGAAUCCGUGAUUGAGCAGAUUGUUCGUGAAGCUCAGGACUCCUUACUUCCCGGCAUGAGUGAAUCGGCGUUCAUGGCAAGUGUCUCUCAAGUCAUGGAUUCUUGGCUUGACAUGCUCACAAACUGAUGCCAACCUAGAAUGCUUAUUGUACGUAGUCACCUAAUGACGAUGGGUC